CGGGCCCUGCUCGUCACCGAGCCCUUGCGGCCCGCCCUGACGGCCCCCGGUGUGGAGUUUGUUGUAGAUUCCGAAGGUCAGUACCAGGCUUCCCUGCGCUGGAUCGCUAAGAGGACAGAAGCCUUAAUGAAACAUUUGCAGAGUAACAACGUUAAGCUGUUACUGUCCAGUGUGAAGCAAGAAGAUGUAGUUAUCUACUAUGCCAAGUUAUGUGGUGUGUCUGUGGUAGAGUGCUUAUCCUCGGAAGAAAUGGCCCUUAUCAGUGAAAUCACUGGUGUCUCCCCUUACGUGCCUUUUGGUGAUACCAUGGACAGAGAGAUAACUGAAAGUGCAGUGGUAACCUUUUGCCAGCCCUUGCUGCUCGUGUCCAAGAGAUGUGUCCACGUUGGCUUCGCCAGUGUGUGUGCCUUCCAGCCCCACUGCCUGAUCCUGUGUGGGCCGGUCGAUGGCGUUAAUGAGCAACAUGCUGCUGCUCUGCAAGAGGCGUUCACAAUGCUGCAGCAGCUGUUCAAAACAGUUGAUCAGAGGGGGGGAUGGAAAGCGGAAGGUGAAAGCCAGAGUAAAGCCUCAGAUGUUUACACUUGGCAUUCUUCAGCGACUCAGAAACAGCUGGUAAGAGAAAAUACUUGUAAUAUUAACGAGGUUUCUGAAUGUCAGCUGAAGGCACUUAGUGACAAAACAGAAAGGAAAAUUUUUGACCCUGAUCUGCUGGUCCACAAUCAAAAGAACCACAGCACUCCUGUGUUAGUGGCACAUAACACUGGUACAGUCACUGCGCGUGAGUGCCUGGAUGUUGGCAAAGGUCUAGAGAAAACUUGUUGCCAUAUAGUUCCAUUUAAACAGGAGGAGAGUUGUGCAGGUGUUGCACAGGAUUGCUCCAACUGCCUCAUAGAAGCGGGAUCAGUUUUGCCAGUAGGAGGUUACUUUGAAAUCCUGUUACAUUAUUAUAUUCAGGAUUAUGCAAAACAGUGUCAGCAGUCAGAGCUAACCGUUGUAUCUAAUGUGGUUGCUGAUGCUUUGCUAAGUAUUCCCAAGACCUUGUACCAGACAGAACGAGAUGGCUUUACCAAAUUCUAUCUUGAAGCCAUUAAUUUACUCAAAAAAAAUCAGCCACUGCCUGUAAACAAUGAAGGCUUAGAGUCAGUGUAUUGCAAAUACCAGUUAGUCAUUUCAGUUCUUCAUUGUGUUACAGAGCUUCUCUCCAUAGACUUAGUAAUUCGUAUUAGGCGGCCGCUCCAAAAAAUUGAGGAUCGUGACUCAGAAGAUGACACUUGAAAUAAUUAAUAAAGAAUGCUGUUUAUAUGUGUUGUUUCCUUGUGUCUUCUUGUUAAAUGGACACCCUCAAAAGUCCGUGCUAGAGACUAAAAGAUGCUUCUUCUCUAAGAAGAUAAAGGCUAACCAGCAGAGACUGUGGAAAACUGGGUUAUGAACAAUAUGACCUUGACAUUUUGAGCAUGAGGGAGUGUAGCAGAUUUUCCACUGCAGAUGUGCAGUACAGUCUCCAUCCACAUCCUGAGAAUUCUGUGUACAUUCAAGCCAAGGGUCAGCUUUCCCUCUUUUGGUGGAUUGAGUGUUUUCACGAGCUAGAUGUAAUUUCUUUUCUUGGCAUGUUUAAAGUUGCCAGUAUGACAGGAGCCACUGAACUUUCAAGUUACAAACCAAAGGGUAGAUUUUGUAGCCUUCAUAAUUAGCCAGAUUAAUUUUUUUAAAUAAAAAUAUUUUGUAUACAUCAUAAUUUUGACUAUAAAGGGAAAAAUCUAACUUGUUAGCCUCUUCCCAAUGAAGAAUUUUCUGAUAGGAGAUGCAGCAUUUUUAUCUUCAAUUGAGUUCAUUUCAGUUAAACUAGAAGAGUUAAGAAUAAUUUCAUACCAUGACUUUAUGGCAGCUUCUCUGGAAAAUUAGUUUAUAUGGCAUUGCUUAAUACAACUCUUUGUUUUAACUACAAUGGGUUGAGUUGUGGUCCUGGUAUAAAAGGCUAUGUACUUACAGGAAAAAAAAAUAAAGCAGUUCUGUUUGAAAAACUUGA